GCUGCUUCUGCUGCUGCUGUCGACUCAACCACCGUCACUAGCCUACCACACCAGUCAGUGGCCAAAUUCUACUGAGCUUCAGUUGUGGACGGCAACGGCGCAGAAAGCACGACACGCGGCGAAAACAUUCGGCGGUGCUGACAACCCUGGCUGCUGUGAGAGAAAGCAGGGUUACUCUCUCUAGACGACUGGACAGCAUAGCGAAGGCGCGAAGCGAGAGAGGAAAAAUGCUUGCCGCUUCCACGCUGUCGCUAUCGGUCGUGUCUACGGCCGGCUUUCUCUUGGCAAGGUUGGCAAAUCGGAGCUCCUUUUGCGCCACCCAGCAUGGGCUUGGGUUUGGGAUGAUGGCAUCUGCGAUCUCUGUGGCAUCUGCAGGUGGUUCGACCAUAGCCGCUGAGGUACAAAGCAACGGCGAUGUGACAGCAGCAGCGGCAGCCUUUGCGGGCGACGCAGGGUCCUCGCCAAAGCGGCGGCGGGUGAGUUCGGACGUGACAACGCGGUUCCCGAUCACGGUGGUUGAGAAACAGCCACGACGAUUGGUCGUUAUCGCCGACGUGCACGGAGACUUAGGCGCCUUCGCGGAGACCCUCCUUGCGGCGGGGCUUGUGGACGGCACAGGGAACUGGGCCGCCGGGGAGACCGUGCUGGUUCAGGCGGGCGACGUGUUCGACAGAGGAGACUCGGACCUGGAGGUGGAAGAGUGGCUUUGGACUCUGCAGGAGCAGGCCACGGAGAGCGGGGGCGCCGUGUAUCAUCUCCUCGGGAAUCACGAGAUAAUGAACGCCAUGGGCGACCAUUCUACCGCGUCUCCGAAGUCGUUCGAGCCCUUCCAAGACCUUAACGUCGACCUCGCGCCGUUCGGGAGCCAGCUGGACAAGUUCCCCGACUGGGGGAAACCGAGGCUGGCGGCGAUGGCGCCGGGCGGUCCCGUAUCGAAGAUGCUGGCCUCGCACUCCGUCGCCAUGAAGAUCGGAGACACGCUCCUCGUUCACGGAGGCCUUCGCCCGGUGAACUUCGACCCGAAAAGCUGCAGGGGCGCGACGGGUAUGGCCUGCUUGGAGAGUUUGAACCGGUGGACGCACGAGUGGCUCAUCGGCCAGGGCGAGAUGCCGAAGGAGCUGUGGAACCGCGACAGUCCCGUGUGGACCAGGUUCUACAGCUCCCCGGGGGGGGUGGAGCUUGGUGAGGAGGCGGGGGCGGACCUGCAGAAGGUGCUGGAUGUAACGGGAACGGUCCGGAUGAUCGUGGGGCACACGCCGCAGGAGGCUGGGAUCAACAGCGCCUUGGGGGGCAGGCUCUGGCGGACCGACACCGGAAUGACCGCCAUGAUCGGAGGCCAACCAGAGGCGCGACAGUAUUAAUAAUAGCACAGCACAGCAAAAAAAAUGAGCGUGCUUUGUUGAGGGGGUGCAGCGGUGACGGAUGUGUGUGCCCGGAGAGAGAUAUCCGGUGGUUGUUCACCCGUAUGUGCGUACCUAGACCAGCAGGAGAAGCGAAGGCAUUUCGCGCGUACGAAGAAAAGUGGGUGAGGUUGAUAGGUUGAUAGGUUGAUAGAGCCCUGAUAUGUGCCAGAUGGAAACGCGCCACAUAUCUGAUACCAACCACACUGCGGAAUCGCCUCCGCAACAGUGCCAUGUUACCCCAUUGUUCAUGGUCACUGUCAUAUCGGUCUAAACGAGAGCGGGCUCUACAAUGACCACGAUAAACAAUUACUGAAGUAGUACUUCGUAUGUCCUCACAGUUCUUCAACAAAGAGCUAUGUAUACUGUUUUUUCGGAAUGUGAUUCGAGCAACCUCUCCCAAACUCGACAUGGAUGCUGCACUGCCGAACGUUUGUCCGAAGGCGCUCGAGAUUGUAGACGGCGUCGCAACCAUCAUCACGGCGGGCGGCAAGCGGAUACCGGGGGAAGAACGAGCGUGCACGGCAGGCAAACCCCUGCCGCACAAGAGGGCCGUGUCUCAGGCGGAGCGGAGCGGCUGGAAAGGGGCGCGCAUGGUCUUCGGGCGGCGGGACCAGAGCAGCGGCGGGUUAGAGGAGAGGGAGGAUGGGUUAGAAAGAGGAGGAGCUGCAACCGCCGCCGCCGCAUAGCGAUGAUGAUGAGGAUGAUAAUCUACCAUGUCUUUUUUGCGAUGGGUCCGAGUUGUGCCGUCCGCUGGUGAUUUGUUCUCGCCGUUUUUUAUGUGCUAUGCUGCCAUCGACACUAAUACACGACAACGACGCGAAGGGGAGGGAAGGGACGUUAGGGGUGCCGUGUUUGUCCGAAGGUUAAGGCGUACCUCACACCGUGUGCGCCGUAACGCACCGAAAGCGUGCGCGGUGACCGAAACGCGUUCGCUACCUCAAUGCCCCUGGCGUUCAUCCCGACGAACGUCAAGACGAAGCCGUGGGGGUACCUUUGCCUUGAGCGCCUAAAUGCUAUUCCGGGUUGCGGCUGUUUUUCUUGUAAGGCUACACUCUGAUUGGCUUAACGCCGCUAACAUUUUUUUUCACGGACCCCCACCAUACGCGGCGAGGCACCCCGGAGCCCCCUCGGAUGCCCGAUGAGGUCAGGGCAUGGGGCUCGGGUUGGUCAGGGAUGGCGUUGGGGUUUGGGUGGCUGGUUCAGACGAAGGUGUGUGUUUGUGUGUGUGUUGGAAGUUGUUGCAAAGGUUGUUUGGAAGACGGUGUUCGUUGCAUUUCAGGGUCUCCCGCCGUCGCCAUCCAUAUUUUGUAGCUACGGUGGUGGCGGUCCAUGCUCCCUGGAGGAGAGGGGGAAGGACAAGGGCUGUUCUCAGUCAAAGGGGGGGGGUGUCCCGCACACAACGCGUCGCAUGUGUUGUAUAUAAGAUUGGCACCGCCACCACCAAUCCGCGGAGGUCAAGUAAUUCGCCCUUUUGAGUCGUGGAGGGAACGGUGGUUUUAUGGACGAAAGAUCGAGUGGCAGGGGUCGUCGUCUCCUCCGCUCCGCCCACUUGUAGGGGGGGUGGCUUCGGGUAGGGUUUGAAAGAAUGGUUGUAUCGUCACUACAGCACCACUCAGUGUGUUUAGUGAUACCACCCGAUGUUCGAAACGCGCCCACCUGCAACGCGCCACGGCUGGCUUGCACCACGCCUUGAGACCGGGCGCUCUUCUUCUUUGUGGGCAUGGGACAGGCGCGCAUGUCCUGUCUUAUUUGUAGGGAGAGACAGCUGUGCGUGUUCUGUAACGCAGAUUCGAUACUGCCACCUUCCAUGCAGGGUAAAGCUGGUGGCAGUGUAAGAGAGAGUUUUUCGUGAAGGUGCUCGGCUUUUGGAAUGGCCCGAAGACAUUGCCGAUAAUUAUCUGUGGCGCCGUUGGCCCGUUGUUUGCGUGGGUUGACUUUUCAAGGAGCGGUGGGCCGACCGGUACGGGUUGCAGCGGCCUCUUUUCACCGUUUCGGGGUUGGUGCGAUUGGUAAAAGCGUUGAAAGCGCAAUAUUCAUUUGCGAUGAGCUGAGGCUGUGGUGGGGAGGGGAUGGGGGGGAUACAUACCCCCGCCUGCAGAUUUGGAAGGGCUUCCUGUGGUGGAGGUGUGGACAAUUGUCACGGAUGGAGUGAAAGCGGUGAAUUGAGAGAUAUUGAUCAGAAACUACUGGUUCGCUUCGCUUGCUUUUGGCACUAUGACGACUUAAAUUUUAUCAUGACGUGCAUUUAUUUGGGUGCGAUUUGUGUAUGUUUAUCGACACAAUCCUGGUAGCUGUAUUAUUCCCAGGGUGAAUUGUAACACAGGUAUCUCUGUAGGGCGCGCACGCACAUGCCCUCCGUGGUACUACUGCCUGUUGAGCGAGAUACUCUGGCGAUGAGGAGAGAUCGGACGGUUUGAACGUGACGACAUAAACAGUGACGACCACGACAAGAACCACAACAGAGCGUUGUGGUAUACACCGUCCGCGGGCUUGCGAUACACACAAAGGGCACCCUUUGCCAUUGUGAAGCUUUUCUGAAGCUUUAGCUUCAGUCUCAUCGUUCGAUAUCCGUGUGUGUGUGUAACUUUCAUUCGCAUCCCCCACCCCUGGCCCGACCGGGUCUCAAACGCUCAUCUCGGGAUACAGUGCGAAUCUCGUGGUAUGGUCCAGUAGGUAAUCACAAACCACGACCCCUCCCCGAGUUUGACCAGCUAGCACCUCCUGUGGCCGACACGACUCGGCCUUGACUGUUCCUUGUAUAUUUCGCCAUGUGAACGGCCGGUCGAACAGCGAAAGAGGGUCCUGCGUGUCGCUCGCCGUAACCUUUUUUUUUUCAUUUGUUUUUGAUUUGCUAUCUGCGUGACCUUUGUACACAUGCGGUUGCUGCUGUUAUGCUCGGAAUAUGCUGCAAAGGUCGUAAGGUCAUCGUCUCUGUCGCUUGGGCUGCACGCUGCGCUCGAUUAGGAGAUGCGCAUCCCUUACUUUUUCCUCUGUGUCGAUGUCCAUGAAGAAAAGCAACGGCAGCACGGUUGAAGAUACAGACAACAACAGACGGUCUGGUCCGCCUUACUCGUUUUUUUUUGUUCUUGCUAUAUACUACCUCUGUCCGAGAAUAUAAGCAAGGUUUGGUCGUAAGGCAAAAUACACCGCGAAAGCGAGCUGUUCAGUGGCCGUGAGUUCGAUCCUGGGUUCAAACACCUUUUUUUUUCGGAAAAACGCUUUUUUUUUUUUUUUUUCCAACGCCUUCCCUUCAUUUUGGCCCCUCGAAGUUGCUGAUUUUUGCCACUCUGGAACUUUGGUCCCGGUCAGCACCAAAGAACUAUCGAAGAUACUUCGCAACGUGAUUGUACAGGUUGUUCAAGUACCCAAAAAUACAAAGAAAAAAAAACGA